AAAACUGAAUAUUUUUAGAGAAGAAAUAUAUUCACAUUUUAAAAUCAGGAGUUAGUUUCUAGAUAAUUUUAUUGGUAUUUCAUAUGGACAUUUUAAUGUGGGAAAAAUGCUGAUGGAAUCUAUACUUUAAUUUAUUACUUAGUUCUCAAACUAUGACUAAUAUUGACAGAUUGAAAGUUCAAAGAGUGAGAAAAGUUCAAAGCUGUUUCACAGUGUUAAAAUUUGAGAAGAUAAUGGUGCAGAAAAUAAAGUACCAAACAGCUGAACUGAUUAAUCCAACUGGGUAGAACGAAGAUAUUUAAAUCAGCAAGGAAAUCCUGGCAUACCUUUCACAAAGAGGGAAUGAUUUGGUGAUGGAGUACCACCACUGACCGAUGGACUCAAAGAAGAGAAGUUCACCAGAAGCAGAAGGAUCCAAAGAAAGAGGCCUGGUCCAUGUCUGGCAGGCAGGAUCCUGUUCUGUAACGCCAGAGAGAUUGCCAGGCUGGGGAGGAAAGACUGUUCUUCAGACAGCCCUUGGAAUGAAACAUGGGGUUCUUCUGACUGAAGAUGGUGAGGUCUACAGCUUUGGUAACCUGCCCUGGAGAAGUGAACCAGCAGAGACUUGUCCCAGUAGCCCCAUUCUAGAAAGUGCCCUGGUCGGGCAAUACGUUGUUACUGUGGCAACCGGAAGUUUCCACAAUGGAGCAGUGACAGAAAGCGGCAUAGUGUACAUGUGGGGGGAGAAUUCUGCUGGCCAGUGUGCAGUAGCUAAUCAGCAGUAUGUGCCAGAACCGAAUCCUGUCAACAUUUCUGAUUCUGAGGCCAGUCCUUUGUUAGCAGUCCGGAUUUUGCAGUUGGCAUGUGGCGAGGAGCAUACUCUGGCAUUGUCAAUAAGCAGAGAAAUUUGGGCAUGGGGUACCGGUUGUCAAUUGGGUCUCAUUACCACUACCUUCCCAGUGACAAAGCCACAAAAAAUAGAACAUCUUGCUGGACGAGUAGUGCUACAAGUUGCCUGUGGUGCAUUCCACAGCUUAGCACUUGUGCAGUGCCUCCCUUCUCAGGAUCUGAAACCAGUUCCAGAAAGAUGCAAUCAGUGCAGCCAGCUCUUAAUUACUAUGACUGACAAAGAAGACCAUGUGAUUAUAUCAGACAGUCAUUGUUGCCCAUUAGGUGUGACACUGUCAGAAUCUCAGGCAGAGAACCAUGCCAGCACUGCCAUCACCCCCUCCACUCUUGAAACCCUUGAGAGUCAGGAAGAAGUAUUUGAGAAUACUCUUGUAGAAGAAGGUGAUCUGUUUGUUGCUACUGAACUGAAUGUUGGAAAUGUUUGCACCAUGGGCAGCGAUGACAGUUCCUCCCAGCAAGAUGUCAUGGGAACAACUGAAAUUUCUUCUGCCAGAAAUAUACCAUCAUAUCCUGACACCCAGGCAGUAAAUGAAUACUUGCGGAAAUUGUCAGAUCAUUCAAUAAGAGAACAUGCUGAGAAUGGUGAAAAGUCAAUACCACCUCAGCCUCUUGUAGAAGAAGCAGUUCCUCAUCUUCACAGCCCACCAACCACAAGCACCUCAGCCCUGAACAGCUUGGUGGUCUCUUGUGCAUCAGCUGUUGGUGUGAGAGUGGCUGCUACAUAUGAAGCUGGGGCCUUGUCUCUUAAGAAAGUUAUGAAUUUUUAUAGUACAGCCCCUUGUGAAACUGGAGCACAGGCAGGCCCUGGUUCCACAGGCCCUGAAGGUCUGAAAGAUAGCAGAGAAGAACAGGUUAAACAGGAAUCAAUGCAAGGAAAGAAAAGUUCAAGUCUUGUGGAUAUCAGGGAAGAGGAAUCAGAAGGAGGCAGCCGAAGACUCUCCCUGCCUGGAUUGCUGUCACAAGUUUCCCCCAGGCUCUUAAGAAAAGCUGCACGGGUGAAAACGCGGACUGUGGUUCUGACACCUACCUACAGUGGAGAAGCAGAUGCACUCCUCCCUUCUCUAAGAACAGAGGUGUGGACCUGGGGGAAAGGGAAGGAAGGGCAGCUGGGGCAUGGUGAUGUUCUGCCUAGGCUCCAGCCACUGUGUGUAAAAUGUCUGGAUGGUAAAGAAGUAAUUCAUCUGGAAGCAGGUGGUCACCAUUCUCUUGCACUUACUGCAAAAUCCCAGGUUUACUCAUGGGGGAGCAAUACCUUUGGUCAACUUGGGCAUUCUGAUUUUCCAACAACAGUUCCCCGUCUUGCAAAGGUAGGCAGUGAAAAUGGAGUCUGGAGUAUAGCUGCAGGCCAGGAUUAUUCCCUGUUUUUAGUGGACACAGAAGACUUCCAUGCCUGGGUUAUAUAGGGUCGACAGGAUCCUACAGAAGGUGACAACCUUCCAGGGAGUCACAGUGAUACUAAGACUCCAGUACUUCUUUCCUGUAGUAAGCUCGGGUACAUAAGCGGAAUGACAGCAGGAAAAGAUAACUGCCUAGUGUUAGUGGACAAAAACAUUAUGGGAUAUAUUGCCAGCCUCCAUGAGUUGGCUACUACAGAAAGACGGUUCUAUUCAAAACUGAGUGAUAUCAAAUCUCAGAUUCUCAGACCUCUUCUUAGUUUAGAAAAUUUGGGCACUGUAACUACCGUCCAGCUGUUGCAGGGGGUGGCAAGCCGAUUCAGCAAGCUGUGUUACCUAAUUGGUCAACAUGGAGCCUCACUGAGCAGCUUCCUUCAUGGGAUAAAGGAAGCCAGGAGUUUGGUCAUUCUGAAGCAUGCAAGUCUCUUCUUGGAUAGUUACACAGAGUAUUGCACAUCCAUAACAAAUUUCCUGGUUAUGGGAGGAUUCCAGCUUCUCGCGAAGCCUGCCAUUGAUUUCUUAAAUAAAAACCAGGAGCUGUUGCAAGAUUUAUCAGAAGUGAAUGAUGAAAACACACAGUUGAUGGAAAUACUGAAUACUUUGUUUUUCUUGCCAAUCAGACGACUUCAUAAUUAUGCAGAAGUUUUGCUGAAGCUUGCUACUUGUUUUGAAGUGACAUCUCCAGAAUACCAGAAACUGCAGGAUUCCAGUUCUUGUUAUGAGUCCCUUGCUCUUCAUCUCGGCAGGAAAAGGAAGGAAGCAGAGUACACACUGGGCUUCUGGAAGACUUUUCCUGGAAAAAUGACGGAUUCCUUGAGGAAGCCAGAGCGUCGACUACUGUGUGAGAGCAGUAACCGAGCCCUGUCUCUGCAGCAUGCUGGGAGAUUUUCUGUGAAUUGGUUCAUCCUCUUUAAUGAUGCCCUGGUCCAUGCCCAGUUCUCCACACACCAUGUUUUCCCUCUGGCCACGCUGUGGGUAGAGCCACUUUCUGAAGAAGCUGGUGGUGUGAAUGGCUUAAAGAUAACUACACCUGAGGAGCAGUUCACUCUCAUUUCAUCAACACCCCAGGAAAAGGCUAAGUGGCUACGGGCCAUAAGCCAAGCUGUAGAUCAGGCUUUGAGGGGGAUGUCUGAUCUUCCACCUUAUGGAAGUGGCAACAGUAUUCAGAGGCAGGAACCACCCAUUUCACGCAGUGCCAAAUACACUUUCUACAAGGAUCCUCGCCUAAAGGAUGCGAUGUACGAUGGACGUUGGCUUUCAGGGAAGCCUCAUGGCAGAGGGGUUUUGAAAUGGCCUGAUGGAAAGAUGUAUUCUGGCAUGUUCAGGAAUGGCUUGGAAGACGGGUAUGGAGAAUACAGAAUCCCAAACAAAGCAUUAAACAAAGAGGACCAUUAUGUGGGCCAUUGGAAAGAAGGAAAAAUGUGUGGUCAAGGAGUCUAUAGUUAUGCCUCUGGUGAAGUGUUCGAAGGCUGUUUUCAAGAUAACAUGCGUCACGGUCAUGGUCUCCUACGAAGUGGAAAAUUGACUUCCUCUUCUCCCAGUAUGUUCAUUGGCCAGUGGGUAAUGGAUAAGAAAGCAGGAUAUGGUGUCUUUGAUGAUAUCACUAGAGGAGAAAAGUAUAUGGGAAUGUGGCAAGAUGAUGUAUGUCAAGGGAAUGGUGUGGUAGUUACCCAGUUUGGAUUAUACUAUGAAGGCAACUUUAACCUUAAUAAAAUGAUGGGAAAUGGUGUUUUACUUUCUGAAGAUGAUACUAUCUAUGAGGGAGAAUUUUCAGAUGACUGGAUUCUUAAUGGAAAGGGAACACUGACUAUGCAAAAUGGAGACUGCAUUGAAGGUUUUUUUAGUGGAGAAUGGGGAUCUGGGAUAAAAAUCACUGGAACCUACUUGAAACCUAGUCUAUAUGAGAGUGAUAAAGACAAACCCAAAGUUUUGAAAUUGGGAAACUUGGCAGUGCCAGCUGAUGAGAAGUGGAAAGCAGUGUUUGAUGAAUGUUGGUGCCAAUUGGGCUGUGAGAGCCCAGGCAAAGGGGAAGUUUGGAAAGCAUGGGACAGUAUUGCUGUGGCCCUGACCGCCAACCGGCGCCAACACAGAGACAGUCCGGAGAUAUUAAGUCGUUCACAGACUCAGACACUAGAGAGUUUGGAAUUCAUUCCACAGCAUAUUGGUGCCUUCUCUGUGGAGAAAUAUGAUGACAUCAAGAAAUAUUUAAUAAAGGCCUGUGAUACUCCUCUGCACCCCCUGGGUAGGCUUGUGGAGACACUGGUUGCAGUGUAUAGAAUGACAUAUGUGGGAGUGGGAGCCAACCGCCGGUUAUUGCAGGAAGCUGUCAAGGAGAUUAAGUCCUAUCUUAAACGAAUUUUCCAGCUGGUGAGGUUCCUAUUCCCUGAACUUCCUGAAGAAGGCAGCACGAUUCCUCUUUCUGCUCCUCUGCCGACUGAAAGGAAAUCAUUUUGCACUGGGAAGUCGGAUUCCAGAUCUGAAUCACCAGAGCCAGGUUAUGUGGUAACAAGUUCUGGAUUACUGCUCCCUGUGCUACUACCUCGACUCUACCCUCCGCUGUUUAUGCUUUACGCCUUGGAUAACGAUCGUGAGGAAGACAUUUACUGGGAAUGUGUUCUGCGGCUAAAUAAACAGCCAGAUACUGCUCUUCUGGGCUUUCUUGGAGUACAGAGGAAAUUUUGGCCAUUGACUUUGUCAAUCCUUGGAGAGAGUAAAAAGGUUUUGCCAACCACAAAGGAUGCUUGUUUUGCCUCAGCAGUAGAAUGCCUACAGCAGAUCAGCACAACUUUUACCCCAUCAGACAAACUUAAGGUUAUCCAACAGACUUUUGAAGAGAUCUCUCAGAGUGUCCUGGCAACACUCCAGGAAGACUUCUUGUGGUCCAUGGAUGACUUGUUUCCUGUUUUCUUAUAUGUGGUGCUACGAGCCAGGAUUAGAAAUUUAGGCUCUGAGGUACACCUCAUUGAGGAUCUAAUGGACCCAUAUCUUCAGCAUGGGGAACAGGGUAUAAUGUUUACUACCUUGAAGGCAUGUUAUUACCAGAUCCAGCGUGAAAAGCUUAACUAGACAGCGUUAACAGCUUGAAAACUGGAUUAUCUACUAUAGAGUGCUAUAGCACCAUCUGGAGUCUUCUUGCAGUGGCCGAAAGAACGAUGUUGACGUUAGAAAGGAUGUUAUGUUAUUUUUGUUAUUACUUCUGAGCCGGCCUUACUGAUGAUCAGAGCCCUGAACCCAGGAAAAAACACCAUAUAGUUUAAAGGGAGGAUUGAAAAGGAGGUAGAAAUCAGAUUAGACCAGGUCUUGGCCUUUGUUAUGUUCCAAAAAUGUCCUACUUCUGUUUAAAAAAAGAGGAUAUCCCUUCGUACAGUAAAGGGUAUCUCAGCUACAUGAACUUGUAAGAAAAGUUCUUAGUAUAGCUUUUUACAUUAAGGAAGUUGGUGACUAUUUUUGAGUUUCUGGUUUGCUUGAAUCCAUCUGCAGUUACCCCCAAAUCCCUUUGCAAGGAGCAGAUUGUACUUGAAACUACCGUAGCCACACUAUGCCUUCCUUGAAAUCAUGUGUGCAUCAUGCUUCUUUACUGAGGGAGGGGAAAAAGGAACUUUUAAACUGCGGUUUUAACUUUUUCUAAACUUUUCCACCCGAGUAUCCAUGAUAGGAAAGGUUCUGUGCUGUGACUACCGCUCCCUGACCCCCAAACAUGGAAUACAUCCAAAUAGGAGCCUUCUGCCUACUGCUUAGGAAGAACAGGAAUUUCGUUCUUGGUUUCCUUGCUGUGCUACAGAGAGCGAAUACACUGGAACUCAAACACUGACUCUGGGCUACUGUGGAACCUCAUUUGUCCACGUGCAAGCGCUGUAUUCCAAGGCUGCGAAUGAGAGCCUGAAGAACUUUUGCAUGCAGGCUGUGUUUUGGAGCAUAUCUAAAGAUUGGGAAUCUAUGGAAGGAAAGAACUCCAUCCAUCCCUAACCUAAUAAUGUGGUUCUUCCCUGUACCUCACACUGAACUCACAGAGGGGAAGAAAAAGGAAACAAGCUUUGGCUUUUCCCAUCUCAAAAGUAUUGUGACACCACAACAUUUCAGUGUUCUGCUUUUUGCUGUUUGAAAAAUGUCCUGUUGUGUUUUAAAGUUGUUGAUUACACUGUACAAGUAACACUAGUAGCUGUUUUGAAUAAUAUAGGUGCUUUUCCUUAUCUCAUCUCCAACACACCACGAUGGCCAUGUGGAGUGUCCCCCGACUUACAUAAGUGACUCUGCAGAUGUUAAUCAAUUUUGAAAAAGGAUCAUGGUUUCUGCUCUACUUUAUAAUCAAGACAAGUGUUUAUUAAAAUACUGUUUUGGAAUGUUGGCUGUAAUGUAGCAGCAAUUUUCAUAAUAAAAUGUAUUCAUCUUUA